GAAAAAUCCGUCGGUCAGGGUGCCACCUCUGUCGUAUUUAAAGCACUGUGUCCAGCCAACAGUCGAAAGUGUACUAUCAAAAUCAUCGAUUUAGAAAAAUGUAGUACGUCUGCACCGCUAGAGGAAAUCAACAGAGAAAUUAAAUCCAUGAAAAUUAUGAAGAAUGAAAAUAUCGUAGCGUAUUAUGCCUCUUUUGUUGAUGCUACGAAGCUGUGCAUUGUCAUGGAUCUACAUCAACGAGGUUCACGUCUUGCUGUUAUCAAAUACACACAAAGUAAGCGAAAUGUUUCGUACGGAGUGUUUGACGAGACUACCAUCGCAACGAUAUUGAGAGACGUAUGGCUAGAAUUGGCAUAUAUCCAUGAAAAUGGUCCCGUACAUCGUGACUUAAAAUGUGGCAAUCUUCUGGUGAAAGAUGAUGACAUCAUACAGAUAGCCGAUUUUGGAGUGACCAGAUUCUUAGCCACGCAUGUUGAUUUGCGGCGAUUCUCAUUUGUCGGCACGCUAUGCUGGAUGGCUCCGGAGGUGAUGCAACAGGCCCGAGGUUAUAAUCAAAACUACAUCAACUAUGGCCAAAACUUCCGGAAAUUCACUCGUGUCUGUCUGUUAAAGGAUCCGGGGCAACGAUUAUCUGCUCUCGAAUUACUGGGUCAUACCUAUAUCAAAGCAAAAGCGAAAGAUCGUGAAUUUCUCUGUCUAGUGCUUCUUGGUGGCAAAAUUCCUCCGUCAGCGAUGCGUGUGAGCAAACACGCAGACGAUGGUGCCGAACGACGUGAUCUAAAGAACAACAGUACCGAAUGGAUUUUCGAUACAAUCGGACGCGCCUCGUCUCAGCGUGGCCUCGAUAGCGAAAAAGACAGCGAUGAAAUGGAAUAUGCUGAUGGUACCGGUGUAAGUGGUGGUGGCUGGGGAUUGUUACCAUCGGCUACUGCGUCGGCUGUAGUAGGCGGAAUGACUAAAGCUUUCAUUUCAGCUUUGAAUACCACUCGAAACAUCAAACAGAAAAACGAAUUACAAGACAUCAGCUUUAAUUACGUUCCAAGCAAAGACUCUGCCGAGGUGUUGGCUCGGAAAUUGGUUGAAACAAAUCUUCUGGAUGGCUGUGACCUACUUUUAGUGGCACAUAAUGUGAGCAAGCUUAUCAGCAAUCCGGCUGCUCGGGAACGCAUCUUUCCAUUAAAUUCACCACCAGCUCCUGGUCAGGUCCCCGUUGAAUCCGAGUUACACGGAUAUGCCAAACUCUGUCUUCUGUUGGACAAAUGA